AAACCCAUUUCGCUCCUGUCAAAUUAAGACACCUUUCUCUUUCCAUCUCCUUCUUCUGCCUCAAUCAAACACCACCACCGUUUUGAAUGCUUAACAUGAUUUACAGACUGAAACUAAUAACUCUGAUGCUGAUCUUAGACCAAGAAAAACCAAACCCAGUUACAAAAGAUGCCUUCGUAGGCCUUUUCACCAUUAAUACUCUCACCUUUCCUCUCUUUUGAGACCCCACUUCCCUGUCCAAGUCCAAAGCUCCCAUCUUUUUAAACACCCCUUUUGCCUUUGGACCAUUUCUCUCUCAAGCACGCCCUUUGAAGAAUUAUUAAGCUUCCAUUAUAUGACCAAAGUGGGUUUUACUAGUUCCACAGUGCACAAAGAAUGACCCACUUGGAGUUCUUCAAGAAAAUCAAGCGCUUCAAUCCUCUAGAGCCUUCUCUGGGCAUUCUUGGCUUCUUCUUGGUCACUGUUUUACUCAUUGGGUGCUUCUCCUACUUGGACUACCGCACAGUUGUCCAUGGGAUUCGCUCUCAUCUUUUGCAUGGUUCAUCUCCUGGUGGGAAAGCACGGUCAGGAUUUCUUGAUCAGGGGAAUGAAAGUUGUGAUGUGUUUGAUGGGAAUUGGGUUUGGGAUGAGAGCUAUCCUCUGUAUCAGUCCCAGAAUUGCUCAUUUUUAGAUGGAGGGUUUAGGUGUACUGAGAAUGGAAGGCCUGAUAGCUUCUAUACCAAAUGGCGCUGGCAACCCAAAGAUUGCAACUUGCCCAGAUUUGAUGCAGGGAUGAUGUUGGAAAAGCUUCGAAACCGACGUCUUGUAUUUGCUGGUGACUCGAUUGGAAGGAACCAGUGGGAGUCUCUUCUCUGCAUGCUCUCUUUUGUAAUUCCUAACAAGACUUCAAUCUAUGAGGUGAAUGGGAGGCCAAUCACGAAGCACUCAGGGUUUUUGGUCUUUAAGUUUGAGGACUUCAACUGCACAGUGGAAUACUACAGGUCACCUUUUCUAGUCUUUCAGGGCCAUCCCCCGGCUGGCGCCCCUGAGGAGGUGAAGUUGGCUUUAAAAGUGGAUAAAAUGGACUGGAUUUCCCGCCACUGGAGGGAUGCAGAUGUGCUGGUUUUGAAUGCUGGGCACUGGUGGAAUUAUGGGAAGACCAUAAGAGAGGGUUGCUACUUUCAAGAAGGGGAGGAGAUAAAGAUGAAUAUGACUGUUAAAACUGCAUACCAGAGAUCAAUGGAAACUUUGCUUGAUUGGAUUGAUAGUGAAGUCAACAUAAGCAAGACUUAUGUACUUUUUCGAACUUAUGCUCCUGUGCAUUUCAGUGGUGGUGAUUGGAAUGCUGGCGGUGGUUGUCACUUGGAAACUCUACCUGGAUUAGGCCCAUUGCCUGUUUUAUCCGACAGUGUUUACAAGACUAUCUUUGAUGUGUUAUCUGAGCGGUCAAAUGAGUCGCAUGUAAGAAAAUUCGAUUUUCUGAAUGUAACAAACAUGUCUCUAUGGAGAAAAGAUGGCCACGCAUCUCUGUACUAUCUAGGGCCUAAUGGAGCAGCCCCUAUCAACCAUCAAGACUGCAGCCACUGGUGCCUACCUGGUGUCCCUGAUGCAUGGAACGAACUUCUGUAUGCCCUUUUCCUAAAACAGGAAUCCAUUCGCUCAGGAAAUUCAACCAAAUCUUCUCAGCUUCCGUUGUGAAAGGGAUUAAAACUUCCUCAGUUGACCAGCAUAAUGAUCAUAAAAGGACUUAACUGCAAAGAAGGAUCAAAAGAGUGGACCAUUUUGUUCUGCUUUUACACUAACCGGAAAAGUUCUGGCAUGCAAAGCUGAGAGUUAGGUUUCGCUUGAGCACUAGCUGGAGUUUGCUUAACACGCGGAAAGUUAGAAUGACAGAUUGCGUCCGAAUGAUGAUGACACUUGGCUAGGCUAAUGGGUGAAGCAGAGAUGUAUUAAUUGGGGACAAUCCAAACAUCUCCUUGAAGGCUUUAUACGGUAACUAUAGCAAAUUUAUUGUUACCAGACUCAAAGUUGAUUUAUGGAGCAUGUCAUACUUUUGUAGGGAUGUGAAGUAGUGAUGAGGCAAGUUUGAUAGCACUUGCAUACACCUGGUUUUAGUGUUCUCACAUGAUGUAAUUACACAAAAGAAAAUGAUGAAAAGGUUUAUUUUCCAUAUAACAGCUUGAAUUGUAUUA